CGAGCAACAGUCACGGCCGUGAACGGUCCCCUCCCCCUUUCUCUCCUUUCUUUUAGAGCCAUGUCCGCGACAACAGCCACGCGGGGCCAGCCGCGCAUGUCAGAGCAGCAGGCGGGGCAGAAGCUGCAGCAGCUCAAGGGCGAGAUGCAGAGCAUUGCAACAAAGAUUGGCGAGCUCGAGAGUGAUGCAGAGGAGCACCGGGCUGUCAUUGAUACGUUGCGGGAGGUGCAGAAGGCCGAGCCAGACCGAGUCUGCUUUCGCAUGAUUGGCGGAGUGCUUGUUCAGAGGAGCGUCAAGGAUGUCUUGCCGGCGCUAGAGCAGAAUGUAGAUGGGCUCAGAUCGGUCAUGGAAGGCCUGGCCAAGCAGUACAAGCAGAAGGACGACGAGGCGCAGAAGGUGCAAAGAGAAUUGUCAUGAAUAGCAACGCGAUCUACUGUUUUGAUUUUUGGAGCUCCUCGAUCUCUUGUGAAGAGAGGCCGUCGAGCCUGUCACCAGUGAGGAAGGGAGGUAGAGACGGUCGCUGGUCAGUCUGCAAAUGUCGGGCAAGAAGAGAGGAGCACAAGGGACCUUGUAC